UGCCAUAGCUAUAGCUACUGCCACCAUGGAAGUUGACGAAGAUUCUGCUAUCCCACAUCCUCACGUGGGAGAUGUUGGGAUGGUAGGAGCGGAUGGCGAAGCGUGCUCUCCGCAUGCGAAGAUGGCAGAGGACGAAGGGGCGAACCCACAAAACCGCUCUCCCCCUCAGGCCCAGACAAACUAUUGGGCCGAGGAAGAACGGGUGAGGGACAUGCUAGCGAAGUGCUUCGACAUCGGCAUCCUUCCGGUUGGAUGGGACAUUGGCGAACUGUCAGAGGAAGGAACUAAAGCUCAUUUCACCUUGAAUCCGUCUCUCGACGAGAUCAAAGUCAAAUGGCUCAAGGAGCGAACCGUGACGGUAAUCUUCCACAAAGGUUCUAAGAACCUAUCCAAGAAGGUCAAGGAAGAAGUGGCGCGAGCGUACGAACACAUCUGGAUGGGCGAAGAACACUUUGACCCGUCAAUCACACGUGGCCGCGUCUGCAUAGAAUCAAGCAACGUCCUCUCAUACAUCGCCAAGGAUACAAGGGUGCUCGAAUGGAUGAUCCAAGAAGGAGAUAUCAGAGUGGCGCUUCGUGGGUCCCGGAGGUGGUAUAACAUCGCCUUCAAACCGUGGUUGACCAAGAAGGAGAUCCAGGACUUAAGGAAAGAAGCGACCAAUAAUUAUUUUUUUAUCAGAAUUCUGGACGUUCCAAGUGAUGCCUAUUGCUACUUGGAAUCAGCAGCAGAGCUGUCAAUCGGGAAGGUCAUCAAGGUCUAUCUAUCGGAACGAGAUGCAAGGACUCCGCAACUUAUCAAUGUACGCAUUGAUAUAGCAAUCGAAACCCUACCAAGACUGAAGGAGACCUUAUCCUUCACGACGUUCCAGGGGAAGAUAAUCGAGUUGAAAGUGGCAAAUGCUCAAACUCCAUGGUGUAGUCGGUGUAGGCGAUACUAUCAUUUGGCGGACGACUGUCCACGUCAAAGGCGCAGACGGGAUCCAAGCCCUACUCCAAGCCCGAACUCAAGUGGAGCACCAUCUUUCAACAGCGCUCAUCCCUCGAGGCCAUCUCCAAGGACUUCCCCAAGCAAUCGAAGAAACUCCAGACGCGAAGCAACCCCAACACCGAGUCGGAACGAAAGCCCGACCACAUCAGUAGGAAGAGGCCGACCGGUCGACUCCCAUGGAAGCGGAAGCAGAAGGCACUCAGAGAACCAACAACGAUCGAGGAACACUGCCAAGUCAUCAUCAAGAAUUUCAAAUGAGAGUGGGAGACCUACCAAACAACCAAGCUAUUCAAGGAAGUUGGGCCCCCGUGGUAGCAGAGGCCCACAAGGCAUUGCACCUCGAGAUGGGAUGGUGGCGAGGGACAAUCCAAAUUUCUCCCUGGCCUACCCAACUCGGGCAGAAGAAGGAAUUCAGUCAAGAGCUCAAGGAGGAAUUACAAAGGAAGCAACACAGCCCAGACCAAGGGAUCAGGAAGACACGAGAGCAAGCACAUCGAAGUCACAAUCCCUAUCAGGCUCGAAGGACGAAUGCAGGCAGGAAACAACACCAACAAAACAAAGAAGGAGGCUCGGCGAAGAUAUGCGAGAGUAUCGUAUCGAAGAACAGGUGGAAGGGGAACACUCCUCAGCUUCAGUCGCAAGAAAGGACCAGGCGAAUCAGGCCCAAGGAAGCAUGAAGCGGAAUCGAAGGCAGGCCACAUCGAAAGGGGGCAAACGGGAGUGGGAGAAACACAUGCUCCCACUGUUAUUUAUGACUACAGUGGAAGGUACAUUCGCACUGGCAUGGUCGACGAGUCAAGCUGAGGGGUAACUCUCCUCCCCUCCCAACCUAUUGCCUCACCACCAAUGCCCUUGGAAAUUUUGAACAUUACACAUAG